GAGGAGUUGCCUAAAUUUAAAGUGAAAAAGGCGCCAAGGGGGCCGCGCUUUCCUCCCGCUCUUCUGUCGCCGCGCUGCAGCCAUGCCCGCCGCAGGCUCCGAGCUGCACAGCCAGCUGGGCCCGGAGCCGAGAGCCGAGCCACAGGAUGCUGCUGCAGCCGCCGCCGCCAGCCCGGGCUCCGACCCCAGCUUCGACCCCUGCCCCAGCCCCAGCCCCAGCCCGCCGCCCGGACCGCACGGGGAGAAGCAGUACCUGGAGCAGAUCGAGUACAUCCUGCAGCACGGCUGCAAGAAGGGGGACCGCACGGGCACCGGCACCGUGUCCGUGUUCGGCUUGCAAGCCCGCUACAACCUCCGAGAUGAGUUUCCUUUGCUGACAACCAAGCGUGUGUUCUGGAAGGGUGUGCUGGAGGAACUGCUGUGGUUUAUUAAGGGUUCCACAAAUGCUAAGGAGCUCUCUGCCAAAGGAGUAAAAAUCUGGGACGCCAAUGGAUCUCGAGACUUUUUGGACAAGCAGGGGUUCACUACCAGAGAGGAAGGAGAUUUGGGACCUGUAUAUGGCUUCCAGUGGAGACAUUUUGGGGCAGAAUACAAAGAGAUGAACACAGAUUAUUCCGGACAAGGAGUGGAUCAACUGCAAAAAGUCAUUGACACAAUCAAAACCAAUCCUGAUGACAGAAGGAUCAUUAUGUGUGCUUGGAAUCCUAAAGAUCUUCCUCUGAUGGCACUGCCUCCAUGCCACGCUCUCUGUCAGUUCUAUGUAUUGAAUGGUGAGCUUUCUUGUCAGCUAUACCAGCGAUCUGGAGAUAUGGGCCUCGGAGUGCCGUUCAACAUCGCCAGUUACUCCCUGCUAACCUACAUGAUUGCUCACAUCACAGGCCUAAAGCCAGGUGAUUUUGUACACACUCUGGGAGAUGCUCAUAUAUACUCAAAUCAUAUUGAGCCACUGAAAAUUCAGCUUCAGCGAGAACCAAGACCUUUCCCUAAGCUCAGAAUUCUUCGAGAAGUUAAAACCAUUGAUGAUUUCCAGGCUGAGGACUUCCUGAUUGAAGACUACAAUCCUCACCCAGCUAUUAAAAUGGAGAUGGCUGUUUAAAGCAGCCUGAUUCCCGGCUGAAAACAAGUUCCAUCUUUUCCAGGAUAAGAAGACAUGGAAAAGGGUUAGGAGUGGAGAAAAUCUAAUUCACCCUGUGACAUAAACAGAAGUCCUAACAGAUCAGAUUAUUAUCUUAUGUACAUACACACACAACUUUAACAGAAGUGAAUGGUUAUAAACAAAGUAUUUGUCUUAUGUAAUUAUUAAAAUAAAGCAGUUCUUGCAUUACAGAAUAGGUCUUUUCUUAUUCUCUAAAGCAGUACAGCUGUGUACUCAUGAAUUCUCUGGUCAUGCUAUCUCCAUCAACAGAUGCUUUAUGGAGCUAAAGUGCUAAGCACUGUGGCAGGUAAGGACUAAAAUGUCACUAGUCGACUUUCCCAUUUAAAAAUUUACUAGAAUGUAAAUAUUUUGUCACAAAGAUGGGAAAUACAUUGCAUAUACAAUGAAUUCAUGGCAGUCACUUAUAACAUAUUUUGGGUAUAGAAUUAUACUUCCUGAAAUGCGCUUAUAUUACCUUUUACAAAGAAUUUUGCUAUUGGUAGACUUUGCUUGUUACAGAAUCUGAAUUGAUAAUCCCUUCUUCAAUGAUCUUUUUUGGAUUUAGGAGGUUUCCUUUUUUUCCCCCUGGGGAAUGAACGGCAUGGGAAACAGUUUCAAAUAGAUGAAGUCAUGAAAGCUGCUGGUUCCAGUAAUGCUUUUGUGCCAAGCCUUCCCAAGGCAUGGCUUAGGAGAGAAGGGUUGUGAUGGGAGCUGUCCUGAGGAGGGAGGGAUUCCACGUGGCUGAACCUUGCCCCUACAAAUAUCCUACUUUAUGGGUCAUAAAGAUACUUCUGUUGGAAGUAACACGGCCUUCUUUGAUUCUCAGUGGUCUCAAGUUGCCUGCACAGGCAGAUCCUUGUCCUCUCCUCUGAAAGUAUAGAAGCAACUUGAGGGCAAGGUUAAUUUUAGUCUUUGUAGUCUCAGUAUCCAAAGUCACACCCAGGGCCUAGCCCAGCACUCAGGCCCACUCCUAUUCUCUUUCAUGUACUGAGGGGGUAUGUGUGUACUGUACUGGACAGCAAGUCAGGACCCUGGGUUCUUGGUUUUGCCUCCCCCUAAGCAGUUAUCCAACUCUGGACCAGUCACUUCACUACUCUGCCUUGAUUUCCUCAUCUAAAAUGAGGGCAUUAGAUUGGACCUAUGAGGCUUCUUGUACCUCUAAAUUCUCUAAUUCUGAAUCAUUUCAUUACCCUUACACACCCCCACCAUUAUUUGUAUAGUUAGUAUUACAUUUAUAGAAAUAUUUAUAUUUGAGAUAUAUAGAUAUAUAUAUAUAUAUAUUUAGAUUUAUUUGUAUAGUUAGUGUAUAUUUAUGGACUACUGAAUAAAUGUCAUAAGAUUUACUUGAUCUUUUAUCCACACAAGAAGUUUUAAAACAUGUUGGCAUUUUUCUUAGCAUAAAAUUCAAGCAAUCAAUAUUGGAACACAAUUGUGCAAAUUUCCCAUCAUUUCCCAAGCUUCCUUGUUAUGGUUUAAUUAGGGAAUUGUAAAGAAUUUUUCCAUUUAGACCUGGCUGAUUUACCCAUUCAGAUAGCAAUGUCAGUUAGGAGAUAGU